AACUAGACCACAAUAUAUUUGCAGUUUUGGAAAAGUUUGCAGUUUUAAGAACUAGAAGAACUAAAAGCUUAAUUGUUUACUGAUCUCGGAAUCAGAAAGAUGACAGUUAUUCUCGGAGUUGUUUCAGUGCUGGCACUGUUGGGAACAUCGCAUGCAACCUGUGGUCGCUGCAAUAAUAUUCGAGUAAAUCUAAAGUGUGUGGACUCCGACUCGUCUUACAGUAUCCCUCAAACGAAAGGGCUGGCCUGUGAAGUCAUAUCGGGCGGCAUUUCCCUUCAAUGUGACGUGGAAGGGUUGAUAAACAAAAAGCCUUCCAACUUCAACUUUAAUUCUGGCACUAAGGACAUAGCGUUCUGGUCGUCAGUGACGAGAGAAGAAAAAGAUAAGACUAAUGGGACUCUAGUAGUAGCGACAGUAUCAGCGGACGUGGGGUAUUAUUGCGAAGCUACUGUAAACGAUAUGAACGGAGAUGACCAUGUUUUAAGGAGCAACACUAUCAUCGUCAAGAAGAUCUCACAAGACGCCUCAAGUAUCACUCCUCCGGAUAAAGCCACUGAUAUGUCAAUGUCAGAGAAAUCGUACAUCACCGAGCUGCCAUGUAAUGUGCCGUCUGGCUGGUAUCCGGAACCAGAUAUUAUGUGGUACAAAGGUGACUCUCCAGUAGUGCCCUCUGUUAGAAAGUUCCCUCUUGACUUUGAUGUCGGAGAUUACAAGAAGGGUUCUCUCAUAAUCCAUGGCUACAAGUCUGACGAAGAUGUAGCUGAGUACAAAUGUAUGCUUCACUAUGUAGACCAGGCUGCUUGGCUCUCUGAAAAACAGAAAUCAGAAACCAAAGAAGAAACCAAAGAAGAAACCAAAGAAGAAACCAAAGAAGAAACCAAAGAAGAAACCAAAGAAGAAACCGAAGAAGAAACUAAAAAAGAACGUAAUGAUGGAUUUUCUAAAAGGCAGAUACUACUGGCAGAUAAAAGAACUGGACAACCUAAGAAUAUGACAGCUUUCCACAAGAAUAUAACUGUCACCUGGUUCAACGUAAAACUUGGUGUGGUGAGCGAGAGUACAAAAGACGUACAUGAGGUGAUGAUAAGGAGGUUUAAUAACGGUCAAUUUAAAGGUUGGGGUGAGCCGCUCACCUUAACAUCCGUUGCAGUUGGAGGAGCUAUCGGCAAUGUCAUGGGUGAUGACAGGGUCGCCUACAAAUGGACCAUUGAAGGAAGUGAGCUGGGUCUUAAAAAACUCAACACUUCAUGCGUAGAUGUAGCAAAGAACGUCUCUUCUAAUUCGACUAAAGAGCGCCGAGAAGGUGAAACAGAAGAAACCAAAGAAGAAACUAAGAGCUACACAGUUGAAGACUACCUGAAAUACCCUGCCUGUCAAUAUUGGGUAACUGAAGACAAGACCAGAACAGUGGAAUUAACAAACGAUACAUUGGCACUACUUGGUAUCAAACAAAGCGGUCCAAAUGGGAAUACUUUGACUCUACUAGGCUAUUCCUAUGGAUUUGACCAAUCUAAGUUUUUGGCUGACAUGACGUUUGUUGGUAAGACAGACAGCGCGGAUAAAACCACUAAACAAGACUUUUAUCAAGGAAUAAAUGUGGUAUCAGGGAUGACCCCUCCGUCAGAUGGAAACACGUGUGCUUACAACGAUAAAGCUCUGACACUCCCUCUUUCCAACAAUUUCUUCCAAAAAUGGAAGAGUUCUAAGAACGAGCCUCUGGCUGACUAUCCACUUCUCUCAUCUUGCAUCUUCAAAAACAGUCCUCAGAGUGGAUACAAGAUUGAUGAGACAGAAGUAUUCGGUCUGCCGAAGCUAGUAGAGAACAGUGUAGCUGCAAAAUGCCAGUACUACCAGGUCCAAAGAAGGAACCAGCGGUCGGAUGACCUGUGGAGCUACAUCUACCAGACAGUUCUGGUGGAGACGUUAGGAGAUCAGGGGGAUAAGGCAGACUACGUGACGGAGCAGUUUUCAGUGCCUGAUGUUGCCUGGACAGCUGGUGAAGUGACAGGAAAGAACAAGAUAGUGACCUGCUCCUCUACCAACACAGCUAAAACAGGGACUCUCAACUGGUUGGAACUAGAUGCCGGGUGUGAUUCUUACUCUGUAGCGGAGGGGGUUGGUGCGGCUGAGACCUGCGGAUACUCCACAGCUAUAACCUUUGACAUGACCACCCUGUCCAAGAGCUGCACUGCCAUGUGCAUGAGCAAGUCUCAGUGUUCAGCCACCGAGAUUAAAAACACAACUGUGGAGCCCAGUGAGUAUUUGGUUCGCGGUAACAGGCACAGGCAGUUUACUUCUAAAUGUGGUGUAGGCUAGGAUAUUACUUAGGUUUAAUUGAAUUAGUUUCUGUGAUAAACUCCCUACCCACUCACAUUAUCACAUCACUUCUCCUUCACUCACAACCCCAGCCUUGUAGGUUCUAGGAUGGUAUGUUAUGGACUAUGGACUACUUCUAUGACACAGCCUUACUUUAAUUCAAUGAUAAUACAAAUUUGUGAUAUAAUUUAUUAUAAUUCGAUGGGAUGGGGGUAGUGGGACGGGUUUCAGCUACUAAACUGGCGAGCUGUCCAACUUCCUUGAAUAUUUUAUCUCGGUGACCUGCUGCUGGUAUGAAUGUUGUUAUCUGGAAUCCCUCAUAUCCUCUACACUGAUAGUUUACCACUCCUUUACAUUCUACUCAUCAUCUCGAGGGAAUGUCCCCGGAGCUGUUUUACUAUUACCAGUCACUGGAUGUGUCCGUGGACAAAACGGAACUGUGCGAAUAAAAUUAAACUGUUUAUCCUGACAUUGUUAAACUGAAGAAAUAUUUUGUUGAAAUAAAAACGUUUGCUAUCUUUUUAAUUAUGUAAUAUGUCUAGCAUAUAUUUUAUGGCCGAAUUAAGUAUUUUUUAACUGGAAUUGACUUACAAUUCGAAUUUGAUAAUUUAUAAUCGUUCAACUUCAACUACUC